GGCGCGCCGAGGCGGGCCUGCGUCGGGGCCAUGGCGGCGGCGGAGACCAAGAUCAUCUACCACCUGGACGACCAGGAGACGCCGUACCUGGUGAAGCUGCCGCUGCCGGCCGAGCGGGUCACGCUGGGCGACUUCAAGGCGCUCCUCAACCGGCCCAACUACAAGUUCUACUUCAAGUCCAUGGACGAUGAUUUCGGGGUUGUGAAAGAGGAAAUUUCAGAUGACAAUGCAAAGCUUCCCUGUUUCAAUGGGCGAGUGGUGUCUUGGCUGGUGUCCGCUGAGGGAUCUCAUUCGGAUGCUGGGUCUGUCUGUGCCGACAGUCAGCCAGAACUCCCCCCCUCCAUCGAGCGAACUGGAGGAAUUGGAGAUUCCAGGCCCCCUUCUUUUCACCCAAAUAGUGGAGGAAGUCGAGAGAAUCUGGAUAAUGAGACAGAGACAGACUCUGUGGUGUCAGUUCAGAGGGAACGGCCACGCAGGAAAGAGGGUCCCGAGCACGCACCCAGGGUGAACGGGAUGGCCAAGGGGGACCGGCGGCGGGAACUCGGGGGCUAUGAAAGCUCCUCCACCCUCAUGAGUAGUGAACUGGAGACCACCAGCUUCUUUGAUUCCGAUGAGGAUGAUUCCACCAGCAGGUUCAGCAGCUCUACAGAGCAAAGCAGCGCCUCGCGCCUUAUGAGAAGACAUAAGCGCCGUCGGCGGAAACAGAAAGUAGCUCGAAUUGAGAGGUCUUCGUCUUUUAGCAGCAUCACCGAUUCCACCAUGUCGCUGAAUAUUAUCACAGUUACUCUCAACAUGGAGAAGUACAACUUCCUGGGCAUCUCCAUAGUUGGGCAAAGCAAUGAACGUGGUGAUGGAGGUAUCUACAUUGGCUCCAUCAUGAAGGGAGGUGCUGUUGCAGCUGAUGGAAGAAUUGAACCAGGAGACAUGCUGCUGCAGGUGAAUGAUACCAACUUUGAGAACAUGAGCAACGAUGAUGCUGUACGAGUGCUGAGGGAGAUUGUGCACAAGCCAGGGCCCAUCACGCUGACUGUCGCCAAGUGCUGGGAUCCGAGUCCCAGGGGCUGCUUCUCGUUACCCAGGAUUGCUCCCCAGCGAAUCUGGGCUGGGCCAGAAUCUCCAUGCUCCGAUCCGGGUGAGCCCAUCCGACCCAUCGACCCAGCAGCUUGGGUUUCCCACACUGCAGCGAUGACGGGCACCUUCCCUGCGUACGGUAUGAGUCCAUCCAUGAGCACAAUCACUUCCACCAGCUCCUCCAUCACCAGCUCCAUCCCAGAAACUGAACGCCUCGAUGACUUUCACCUCUCCAUCCACAGCGAUAUGGCCACCAUUGUCAAAGCCAUGGCCUCACCAGAGUCGGGCUUGGAAGUGCGUGACCGCAUGUGGCUGAAGAUCACCAUUCCCAGUGCCUUCAUUGGUUCAGAUGUGGUCGACUGGCUCUACCAUCACGUGGAGGGCUUUACGGACCGGCGAGAGUCCCGCAAGUAUGCCAGCAACCUGCUGAAGGCCGGUUAUAUCCGACAUACAGUCAACAAGAUCACCUUCUCGGAGCAGUGCUACUACAUCUUUGGAGACCUCUGUGGCAACAUGGCCAACCUAUCCUUGCACGACCACGAUGGAUCCAGUGGGGCCUCCGACCAAGACACGCUGGCUCCAUUACCUCACCCAGGAGCGGCCCCUUGGCCCAUCGCUUUCCCUUACCAGUAUCCACCCCCACACCCGUACAAUCCCCACCCUGGCUUUCCUGAGCCGGGUUACAGCUAUGGAGGGGGCAGUGCAGGCAGCCAGCACAGUGAAGGAAGCCGGAGCAGUGGUUCAAACCGCAGUGGCAGUGAGAGAAGGAAGGACCGAGACCCCAAGGCCGGAGAGUCCAAGUCGGGUGGCAGUGGCAGUGAGUCGGACCACACCAGCCGGAGCAGCCUUCGGCGGGAGCGAGCAGCCAGUGAGUGCUCUGUGCCAGGCAGCCAGCGUAGCCACCACUCCAUGGCUCACAGUGUGCGCAGCCACCACAGCCAGCAGUCUUACGGGCCUCCCGGCCUCCCGCCUCUCUACAGCCCUCCCAUGCUCCUGAUGCCGCCGCCACCUUCUGCCCUGGGACCCCCCGGGGCUCCCCCGGGCCGAGAUCUGGCCUCGGUGCCCCCUGAACUGACGGCCAGUAGACAGUCAUUCCGAAUGGCCAUGGGCAACCCCAGUGAGUUCUUUGUGGAUGUAAUGUGAAGCCCCCUUCCUCCCUCUGCCUGUGUGGGCUUGAUGUCUCUGUGUGUGUCUCCCUCUCUCUCUCUCUCUUUUUUAACUUGGCAUUUUUGAAGAGGCGGGGAGGAAAUAAAGCGAACUAAAUGGUUUGAUUCUAAACUUCCCUGCAAGUGGUUGCAGCAGCCUCGGCUGAACCCCCCCUCCCAAUGUGAUUGCAGAAACGAACAACCCUAACCCUGCCUGUAUUCUGACUUGCUAACCUGUGCUCUAAUCCACUAAUCUGCAUCUGCCUGGGGCCUCUGCUGCUCUCCUGUCGUUUUCCACGCCGGCCCUAAACACACGCCCUCUUUCUUCUCCUCGCCCCUCUUGUGUUCUUCUCUGCCGAGCAGCCAAGAAUUACGGGGUGUUUGACUUCCUUUGAGCCACGGUGGGGAGAGCCGCAGCACAUGUGGUGGUUUGGUUUCCCCUGACACCAGGAGAGGAAGACACAGAGCCUUUGGGGCCUCCCUGGGGGCAGAAGAUGAAUGCUUUGUUGGAGGAUGCCCCUCCUUAUCCAUAAGCCCAGGAGGGCAGCGGGGCUAAGCUCAGCUGCGUCCCUCUUCAGCAGCAGCGUGGCCCCACAUGUGGGACUAUGAGGUGGAAGAAAGGGCGAGCCCCCACCUGCUGGACGGUGGUGACUUCCCCUUCCUCACUAAAGCCCUGCUCCUCAACCUGGAAUGAAGGUCUUCCUAGGAAAAUGCAGGAAGCUAAACUCGACUUUUGGAUGCCUCAUGUCUUGAAGGGGCCCAGGACACUAUUUCCACUGCAAGGCCAACUUCCUCAAGGUACCCAAAGCUGAAGGACCAUUGCUUUCUUCUGGAAAAACCUUUCUGAUAGAGCACCGUUGAGUAAAUGCGAAAAAAGCUCUCUUGAAAACCCAGGAUUUCUUUCUUGCUGGCUAUUUGAAACACCAAUGCUGAUAACGAAUCACGUUCUGGUUGCAAUGCGCCUGCAUCUAAGGGACACUUCAGUAGAUCUCUUUCUGCUACUACUUUUUCACACGCUUACAAUCUUCUGCCUCCUGUCUCUAGUGGAGAUUUUGAGUUCCCUCCCAUCACUUGCCUUGCCCCUAUUUUGUUUUAAACUCCAUAUGCCCAGGCUGUGUUCGGACUAAACGUGCAUUGGUUCUUUCCUCUUUAUGUGGACUUACGCUGAUUUCAUUCUGUUUUUUUAAAAGAAUCCCAAAACAUGGGGGGGGGGGGGAACCCAACAACUAAGGGCCAGGAGGGCAGGGAAAAACGUGAAAGCAAUUAUUCCUGAAUGGAAGGCCUGACUUUUGAGAUUGUGUUAUGGUUGACAAACUCUUGUUCUCUCCUUCCCUCAUUCCUUCUCCAUGAUUUCUGGGAGUCACAAACCUUUCUGCUUGUGUGCAGCUUCUUUGAAAAUAGUACUGGUCUCAUCAUACAACUUCCAAUUCCUGUCUUCAGCAAACCAAGUUUCUGCAUCUUCUUGGUUUUGAAGUUGGAUGGUCUGGAGAGUGGCUUUUGAAAUCUUCCAGGGUGGAAGGGCUGUGAUGGCCAUUCCUCCCAUGGCUCAGCACAUGGCGACAGGAUAAUUACUGCACAGAGUAAGCAGCUGGGAUUUGCCAGCCAGGUGUUCCACGCGCUCUCUGACCUUGUCCCACCACUGAAACACGCACACUCAAAUUCUCGUUCUCAAGGGCUGGGUCCCUGCAACAUGCUGAAGCACAAACUGUAAAGAUCCUUACGAUUCAACUCUUAAUGACUUCAUGGACGCAUCCAUGUAGUUUCCUUAUCCUCCUGGAAUGUUGUCGUCUUACUUCCUAGUCUGGCAGCAACAUGGAUUUCCUACUGACCUAUCCAAGUACUAACCAGGUGCAAGCUCGCUUAGGGUUUCUUUUGGAGAUCAGCAAGGUCAGCUAGGAGGUGCCACAUGCUGUGAUUAUCCAACCCUGCUUUACCUACCCUAAUAUGUGGUGUGAACCAAUCUAAUGAGCUAGUUUUAGGCAUUCCCCCUUUAGCUGUGGCAGUGGCUCUAGAUUAGCUGCUGCUGCUUGUGCGGGACCCUGUCGGGGGUGUGUGGUCCACAGAGUUCCUUUGCUUUUGCACCAUUGUCCAUCAAUCGAGCAUCACUGUGAAGAGCGAGUCCAGAGAGCCCAAUUCCCAAGAGUGACACUUGUGGGAAAUUUAUGAUGGGGGCUAGUCCCUGCUGCCUCUUGGUGCUUGGAAUGCCAUAAAAGAAAAAAGGAGGCGGCAAGCUCACCUCCUUUGCUUUACAAGCAAAAGGACCCACGCUGUCCAUGUCUACCAUCUGACACGGGAAAAAUGCUAUAAUCACGCCAAGUGACUUCCUAGUAGCUCUUGUCGCAUCAUUUGGUUUUACCUUGAUGUAAAAUUCUGCUUUGUUUGGCCAGUUUUGGUCUUCGUAUUAGGUAGGAGUCUACUAGUUUACCAUGAAAUUCCUUUCCCUCCCGUAGGUCUGGUGGGCAUGGCCAUUCUUUCUGACAGGUGGGGGGGGGGUUGUAGGCUCCAUCACUUCUAUGAUGCUCUGACUCAAAUAAGCCCACACUCUCUCUCUGAUGGUUUGUUAGCCAAGAACAAGAAGGCAUUUUAUGGUGAGCCUUUUUUGGUCCUGUUUGCCUGGCAUUCGUAGAACCUUGCAGAAUUUGCUGGUGCACGAGGGUCUGAGGCCACACACUGCCCAGCACCUUUCAUGUUGCCAUUCACCGCCACCUGUGCUGGGCUUGAAUAGGGCAGCCAUCUUUCAGUCUGUGGCAGGGGAGGGAAGGAAGGGGCUUGGAAGCAGUGCUAGCUGGCAACAGAACUAUCACUUAAGUCAUUUUUGAAGUCUAGCAAUCAGGGAGCAGAGCAGAAUCAGUGUAGGAAAAAAGAGUCUGCUUUCUUUUCCCUUCCCCCUUUACACUUGGUUUGCUUUGGGGAUUUCUGUCCUGUUGCGUUUUCUGUAUGGGUGAAGGGACAGCAAGUGUUGGGCCUUGAAGAAGCAGGAUCAAGAAACCCUACCUCGUGACUGCUAUCCUGAAAGCACUUUGGAUAGGUACACAGCCCACACUGAGCUCUCUCCCUUCACUGUACGAGGAUUGUGCAGUUCCAUUAGCACACUCACAUUCCCUCAUUGUCCUCCGUGUCAACAUCAUCCAUGUGGGUUCCCUUAGACUCAAGGAUUUUGUUCAUGUUUUUUCAACGUUCUGCCAAUUUCUCCCCCUGCCCAGAUUCACAAUUACAUUUUCUUUCUGGCCACUGCCCCUAAUUUCAGUCUCCUGCUGCCCUCUUUUUAUGCCCUCCUGCCCUAAGUGCAACCUUGGUUCCCCUCCCCCUCUGCUGGUUCCUCCCCUUUGAUUCUCUUCCUCCAACUUUGGUGCUACUUUCUCAUCACACAUAUUGCCUUACCUCCUCUUCCUUGGUUUUAUACAAAUUGAAAACUUCCUAUGUGUUUUUAUUUAUAAAAUAGUUUUAUUGGACUCCA